AUGACUGACGAUGAUGUUGAAUACCAUGUAAGGCUUCAUCUGAACCAAACCGUGGCUAAAUGCUACUCUUGUCCACAGACGACUUUCUCUUCGAUGAACCAUUUCAAGGAACACAAAAAUAUUCAUACUGAGGCGGAGUCAUUCGGUUGUUCCUAUUGCAAAGUUGUUUUCACCUCAUCGGGUAGCUUGGUGGCACAUAUGGAAAACACGCAUCCAGAUAUUUCCUUGGAAGAAGAAAGAAAGAAAGCCGUUGAGGAGAAAUUAUUGAGGCUGAGGAAAAAAAAGAAAUUGAACAAAAAGCUGAGGAAGAAAGAGCAAUGGGAGGAAGAAAGAAAAACAAAUAAUUUCCCACCUCCUGUGCUUAGCAAGAAGCCUAUAGUUUGCGAGAAGUGUAAAGCAACUUUCCAUAACAACGUUGAUUAUGCCAUACAUUCAAUGAUCCACUCUGAAGAUGGAGUGUUUCAGUGCUUCCUAUGUGACUCAGCAAAGAAAAGAGACCUACAUGAUAUUGAGAAGCAUAUAAGGUUGCACGAAGGAACUUAUGUACCUGCUGCCACAGAUCCAAAAGUCUAUCAAUGUGAAAUAUGUGGCAAUAAAUUCAAGAAAUACACUACCCUGUAUGGUCACAUCAAAUGCCAUGACACGAAGAGGAGAACUUACGACUGCACACUAUGUGACAAAAAGUUGUUCAUUGACCCCUCGAUGAUUGAAGAAGAACAUAACAAUGACGUAGAAUGCCAAGAGGUACUACCAGCAACUGUUUCCAGAUGGUGUGAAAUUUGCGAAACCAAGUUCUUUAACGACGUGAAGUAUGCCUUGCACACUCUAACACACUCGAAAAAUGGCAUCUUCAAAUGUUUCCUUUGUCCAGUUGAAGAAAAAAUGACCGACGACAGAGUCGAACAACAUAUAAGACGCCAUCUGAACCAAACCGUAGCUAAGUGCUACUUCUGUCCCGAGACGAAAUUCUAUUCGAUGAAACAUUACACUGAACACAGGAAUGUUCAUACUGGAAUCAAACCAUUCGGUUGUUCCUACUGCGAACUUGCUUUUGUUUUCUCUGUUAGCUUGAAGACACAUAUGGAAAUCCAACAUCACGAUGUAAUAUUGGAAGAAGAAAGAAGGAAAGCCGAUGAAGAGAAAUCAUUGAGGCUGAAAAAAGAAGAGGAUAUGAAGAAGGAAAUAAAUUAUCUGGAUAGGAAGAAGCGAUGGGAGGAAACUAGGAGGAAAAUGCCACCUCCUUUGCCCAGCAAGGAUCCUAUAAUUUGUGAGAAGUGUAAGGCAACUUUCAAUAACAAAGUCGAUUAUGCUGUUCAUCUAAUGAGGCAUUCCGAAGAUGGGGUGUUCGAGUGCUUCCUUUGUGACUCAGCGAAGAAAAGAAACCUGCAUGAUAUUGAGAAGCAUAUAAGGUUGCACGAAGGGACUUAUGUACCUGAUAAAGCCUCGAAAAUCUAUCAAUGUGGAAUAUGUGGCAGUAAAUUUGAGAAAUCUAAUGCACUUCAGAAUCACAUGAAAUGCCAUGACUCGAACCGAGCAACUUACGACUGCCAGCUAUGUGACAAAAAGUAUUAUAUUGAUCCUUUGACGAUCAAGGAGGAAUAUAACAUCGACAUAGAGCAGGAAGAAGAAGAAUCUGAAACUGAAUCCAGAUCGUGUGAAAUUUGUGAAAUGAAGUUCAACGACGUGGACUAUGCCUUACAUACACUAACACACUCCAAGAAUGGCACCUUCAAAUGUUUCCUGUGUCCAGUCGAAGCAAAAAUGACUGAAGAUAAUAUAGAAUACCAUAUAAGACUCCAUCUGAAGCAAUCCGUGGCUAGAUGCGCCUUUUGUCCAAAAAUAAAUUUCUAUUCGAUGAAACAUUUCAGGGAACAUGAAAAUGUUCAUACUGGAGCAAAGCCAUUCAGUUGUAACUAUUGCAAAGUUGCGUUCACCUUCUCCGGUAGCUUGAAGGCACACAUAGAAAACACACAUCAAGAUGUACUCUUGGAAGAAGAAAGAAAGAUAGCCAAUGAAGAGAGAUUAUCGAGACUGAGAAAAAAAAGAAAUUCAAACAAAGAAGAAUAUCAGCUGAGAAGGAAGAAGCAAUGGGAGGAAGAAAGAAAAAAAUUCCCACCCCCAGUGCCUAGUAAGGAGCCUAUAGUUUGCGAGAAGUGUGAAGCAAUUUUCCAUAACAACGUUGAUUAUGCCAUACACAUAAUGGAUCACUCUGAAGAUGGAUUUUUCGAAUGUUUCCUCUGUAGCUCUGUGACGAAAAGGACUCUGCCCAACGUAGAGAAGCACGUGAGACUUCACGAAGGCACUUGGGGAUACCUCUGCAAGAUUUGUGGCACCACAGUCAAAAGUUUGAAUUUGCUAAAAGUUCACAUCAAAAGCCACCAAAAGACUUAUAACUGCACCGAAUGCGAAAAAAAGUACUUGAUGGAGUAUAAUUUGGUGAUACACAAAGCUAAACAUCACGCCAGUGUGAAAUCCCGAGGAAGACCUUACAAGUGCAAGUUUUGCGACAAAUGUUUCAAACAAAGGGUUUCAAAAACGUCACAUGAACGUCGUUUGCACAGUGGAGAUGAGCCCUACAAGUGUGGUGGCUGUAAAGAAUGCUUCAGUUCCAAGGCUGAGAAGGAUGCCCACGUCAAUGAAUGUGAAGGCUUUUGACCUACAGCUAUAAUACCCUGACCUAACUAGACCAUUGUACAGUUUGCUAUAAGUGUUCACUUUCCAUAAUGAAGGCAUCUAGCGCAGGCCAAGAAGAUCUUGUUGUUUUCAAUCAGGCUGCGACAUGUUGGAGCUGUGAUAAGAUACCAGAAGCCACGAUACUAGCGAAAAAAAAAAAUUUCAGGAAAGAUUGUAUUUCUUUGCUAUUCACUGACAGCGAGAAUCAAUUCACAAUUCAACAUUCAACGUCUCUUAGAUAUUGUUCAACACCUCUUCAGUUGCAAAAUCUCUCAAUAUUUCACUGACAAUCGCGAGAAGCUGAUGAAAUGAACAACUCGAACCAUAUACUAGUAUCAAAGCUCCAACAUAAAUGCAUUGAGGAAGGACAAUUCUUGCUUCUCCAACACUUUCUGGGAGAGACCUUAUGUAAAUAUCAAUGAAAUAUUCUUGUAAUAUAAUGUUAUUAUGUGAUUCAAGAAAAACAUUACUCAAUCCGAAGCAACAUCCCCAAACCCUGUCCUUCUCCAAAGUAUUCUGAACUAUUUUGCGCAAUGUAUUUUGCAUUCCCUAGCUGAUAACUGCAAAUAAAUGUUAGGUACAUAUUGUAAGAUUGUGAAAGGGUGUGUGUGAGUGUGCGGAGAAGCUGUGUAUUGAUAAGUUCGUACUUUUAUAUAUUGAUUACACUGAGGCACCGAACAACACAUCUU